AGCCCUGGACUUCCUUCAUUCAAAUCGAGUGAUCCACAGAGACAUCAAAAGUGACAAUAUUCUUCUGGGAAUGGAUGGAUCUGUCAAAUUGAUUGAUUUUGGCUUAUGUGCUUGGCUUCAGCCGCAGCGGAAGACAUGGAGGUCAUUUUUUGCAACUCCUUUCUAUAUGGCAUCAGAAAUGUUGAGAAGAGACAGAUAUGAUGCCAAAGUGGACAUCUGGGCCCUUGGCAUCACGGCACUAGAAAUGGUGGAUGGUCCUACACAGCCUAAGGACGUGCCACCCCAGCAGGAGACUCACAGAAACCUGUCGCCUGUGUUCCGUUCCUUCCUGCAGUCCUGCCUGAACCAGAAUGCGAAGCGUCGAUGGACGGCCAGGAAGCUGCUGCAGCAUCCGUUUUUAAAAAAAUCCAAGAGUCUUGACGAGAUGGCUCCUCUGAUUGAUGCAGCCAGGAGAUCCACAACACAGGCAUCAGAACCUCUGCUGGCUCCCUCUGAUUCUGGACAAGAGGGUAAAGAAGAGAAAGCAGAGAAGGAAGUUAUCAAAGCAAAGCCUUAA